AUGUCCCAAACCAUCGGCAAGACCCGCCUCGCCUAUGCCCGCUCCUGGCACCACAUCAACGUCUCGACCGACCCGCGACCCCUAGGCCGCCUCGCCUCCUCGAUAGCGCAAAUCCUCAUGGGCAAGCACAAACCCAUCUUCGACCCCUCGACCGACUGCGGCGACUACGUCGUCGCCACCAACUGCGCGCAGCUGCACACGACGGGCAAGAAACGCUUCCAGAAGAAGUACUACACGCACAACACGCGACCGGGCAGCUUGAAGGAGAUCAACAUGGAUCGGUUGAUGGCGAAGUGGGGGGGUGGGGAGGUGCUGAGGAAGGCGGUGAGUGGCAUGUUGCCGAAGAAUCGGUUGAGGAAGGGAAGGUUGGAGAGGUUGAAGACGUUUGAGGGCGAGGGGAAUCCGUAUCGGGAGAAUAUUCUUAAAGUGAGGGUCGGUGGGGGCCAGGAGAUGGGGCAUAUAUCCUUUUUCCGGUGUUGCGUUUCUGAACGAGUCAAGGCAUAUGAUGUGGUUUGGGGAUUGCCGAAUGCGACCUAA